AAGAACCCAUUUUGCUAAACCCACUAAUAAUUCCAUUUCUAUGCAAUUCCACACUCUCCAUUCCAAACCAACUUGAUCAUUAUCUCAAGUUCAAUGGAUAGCUCAUCCGUAGCCCCCAUGUCAAUCGACAAUGGCCAUAUUGAAGAACACACCAAUAAGGAGCUCUCAAUUAGCUCAACCACCCGCCAGAUCAAAGCCUCCAAGGGUGGCUGGAACGCUGCUAUUUUCGUCAUCCUCGUGGAAGUAGCCGACCGGUUCGCCUUCUAUGGCCUAAGCGGAAACCUCAUCAUGUACCUCACCAACGUCCUUCACCAGCCAACAGUCACCGCCGCUAAGAACGUCAACAUGUGGGUCGGUGUAUCCUCCCUCUUCCCGUUGCUCGGUGCCCUCGUCGCCGACUCCUUCCUCGGCCGCUUCAAGACUAUUCUCUUGUCGUCCAUUGUUUAUUUACUUGGAAUGGUGCUGCUGUGCUUUUCGGUGUCGGCGAUUCCUGCGGGCUAUCGGAAAGCGGUCUUCUUCGUGUCGCUUUAUGUGUUAUCGGUCGGCGAGGGCGGGCACAAGCCGUGCGUGCAGACCUUCGCCGCCGACCAGUUCGACGAGGACACGCCGGAGGAAAAAGAGGCUAAGAGCUCCUUCUUCAACUGGUGGUACUUAGGGAUUGUUGCUGGAGCCGCGGCUGCCAUUUUAGUGGUUAUUUACAUUCAGGAUAAUGUUAGUUGGACUGUUGGUUUUGGGAUGUUAGCCGGGGUGAUAGGGGCGGCUCUCGUGCUAUUUUUGCUCGGAACGAGGAGGUACCGGCGGCAGGUUCCUGUCGGGAGCCCCUUCACCGCGGUGGCGCAAGUGUUAGUGGCAGCAGCUCGAAAGUGGCGCGUGAAGGAUAGUGGAAAUAAUUUAGGUGUUUUUUAUGGUGACGAGAGGGUGCUGCUACAUGGGCAUCUAGUGGAGGCUCAGCCUGGUGCUCGGCACUUGACCCUUGCGAACAAAUUCAGAGUUUUGGACAAAGCAACUUUAAUUGACAACCAUGACGGGUCAUCAAGUCACACAAGAAAUCCAUGGAGGCUGUGCUCCGUACACCAAGUGGAAGAAGUCAAGCUUGUCAUUCGACUGAUUCCUAUAUGGUUAAGCUGCCUGAUGUUCAACGUGGUCCAAGCCCAGCUCCACACCUUCUUCACCAAGCAAGGCAGCACAAUGAUCCGAUCAAUCGGGCCCCACUUCAAGCUUCCGCCGGCGUCGGUUCAAGGCCUCGUCGGCGUCACCAUCCUCGUUACGGUCAUGAUCUACGACCGAGUCUUCGUCGCCGUGGCGCGGAAGGUCACGGGACACCCUUCCGGCAUAACCACCCUGCAAAGAAUCGGCUUCGGCCUAUUCCUGUCUAUACUCAACAUGGUCGUUUCCGCAAUUGUUGAGGCCAAAAGGGUCGACGUUGCGGCGAAACACGGUCUCUUGGACAGUCCUAAGGCACUACUUCCGAUGAAAAUCUGGUGGUUGUUCCCACAAUACAUGAUUUGUGGAUUGUCGGACACGUUUGCCGUGGUGGGACUCCAAGAGCUGUUUUAUGCGGAAAUGCCCAAGUCGAUGAGGAGCUUGGGCGCGGCGGCUCAUAUAAGUAUUUUGGGCGUUGGAAGCUUCAUGAGUAGUUGGAUAAUUUCUAUUGUUCAACUCAUUAGCUAUCGAUUAACCGGGGAGGGAUGGCUUAGGGACAAUCUCAACCGUUCACAUUUGGACUACUUUUACUGGGUGUUGGCUGGAUUGAGCGCACUCAAUUUGUGCGUUUAUAUUUGGGUCUCCAAGGGAUUUGUCUACAAAGCAAAUUAUGGGGGUCGAGAAACAACUAGGGUGAAUGAUUCGGGAUCUAAAUGUAUGAAUGGAGAAGUAUGAUUAGAUAACUAUACCAAAAGGGAAAAAAAAAAAAAAAAAAAAAAAAAAAAAAAAAAAAAAAGAAAACUCCAUGGAUAAGCUAGGUGGUGGCUUUAUUACAUGUGGACUAUCCUUCUCUUGUGCCAUGCUACUGUUAUGAUCUAAUUUUUGGUGUUAAUUAGGUCCUACAACCCUUUUAAAAUCUAGUUACUUAUCUGCACCAUGUUGAUUAAGUUUUUCGUAAAAGUGGCUUUCCUCCAAUUCAAUACAAAGCAGCUAAAUUUAGUUUCUAAUCCAACAGAAGUUGAUUGCCAAAAUAAUCUCCGCGUGUCCACCAUAGAAAGUUUUAAAAUUUAAAUGAGAGAAAACUUUAGGAAUAACACAAGAAGGGGGCA